AUAUAUAUAUAUAUAUAUAUAUAUAUAUAUAUUAUACUAUUCGUAUAUAUCUCCUAUCUGAAAUGAUGACCAAAGACACAUCCUGGUACACAGUAGGCAAAAAAAAAUAUAAUAGUUAAUAUUGUUAAAUGAGAAAUGUGAAGAAAAUAAUAUGGAUUAGAGAUAGAUAGCUCGGCCGCUUGUAGAGUGCGCAAGUAUAAAUCAAAAUAACUGUAAAUAAACAAAAUUUUAUUAAUAGCAGAUAUCAAAUAUGGAAUAUAACUCAUAUCCGUUUCCGAUGAUCCGCGCUCCUAAACAACACUGUUAUGAAUUGCGUAUGUAACAUGAUAUAUUAUAUAAAUGUAAUGCUAAAAUCUUGAAAACAAAAACAGAUAUAUAUUUGUAUAAAAAGAUGAAAUUUUUAUCUCUAAAAGCUGUUUGAUAAAUUUUGAUACAUUAAUAAACUCACAUCUGCAAAAUUUUCUACGUGCAAUGCACGGACUUUCGUUCAAGAUUUUUUUCAAAACUGCUUUCAAUUUUCGAAAUGCAAAUAAAUAAGAAAUGGAGUCAAGGAUAAUGAAUACUUCAUGACAGUGAAGUUAUCUAUUUUAUGUGCGCUAUUUCUCUGACUAUUCAUCAAUUACCCGCAAUGAUACCACGUGCGGCAAUUUAUAAAUGUGACAAUCACGUUAACAAGCGUCGCUAUUAUCAUCGUUUUUAUGUUGAAGUUAAUCACUAGAUAUUCCGCGAAACGUGCACAUACAUACGCGCAUAUAUACAAACAACGAGUACCUAUAUAAGAAAGCAGCACCAAAAAGAGCAUAGCAAUUGGGGAGUAAAAACUGAGCGAAACGGGCAAUUCUGCUUACGAGUUUGAAGAUAAUCGCACUCUCGAAAAAUGAGUACGUCAUCAAGUCCUACGGACAUUUGGUAUCAGAUACUUGAUUAUCAGAUACCGCAACCACCAUGUUCGUCGCCCUUCGUAAGUGGACUCACAAUGACAGAUGUCUGCUCCGCCAGUAACGCCAAUUUAUUUCUGAAUAUAUUGAGCAUGUUAACUACUUAUAGCACAAUAAUUAACGGUGUUUGCGAGCGUAUCACGCCUGUUACAAAAGUGUCCGAUACUUACGAUUUUAUUGUCGUUGGAGGUGGUGCAGCUGGAUCAGUCGUAGCUUCCAGAUUGAGCGAGAUCGAGGAUUGGUCUGUACUCCUCGUGGAAGCGGGACCGGAUGAACCAGCUAACACACAAGUACCAAGCAAUUUUCUAAUCUUUCUCGACACGGACUUGGAUUGGAAGUAUAAAACCACCAACGAAUCGCAUUCGUGCUUGAGUACCAACGGCAGUUGCAGCUGGCCGAGGGGCAAGAAUCUCGGCGGAUGCACUUCCCAUCAUGGUAUGGCGUACCAUCGCGGCCACGAGAAGGAUUACGCCAAGUGGGUUGAAAUGGGAAAUAUAGGCUGGUCAUGGCAAGAGGUGUUACCGUAUUUCAAAAUGUCGGAAGACAAUAAGGAGAUUGGAAGGGUACGGAAACAGGAUCACGGCACUGGAGGACCGAUGACAGUUGAAAGAUUCCCCUGGCAGCCGAAAUUCGCUUGGGACGUAAUGGAUGCGGCGAAAGAAGUAGGUUUUGGAACUACCGAAGAUUUGGUGGGCCCGGAUAUACUGGGAUUCACCGUCGCACAGACGAUAAGUAGAAACGGCGUUAGACUAAGCACUCCCAGAGCUUACUUAUGGCCGCACAGAAAUCGCCAAAAUCUGCACAUAGCAUUGAACGCAACUGCGCUAAAAGUCAGUCUAGAACAAAAAUCCAAGUCGAAAGUGACAGCCACGGGAAUCACUUUUCGUAUGAAUGACCGUAUUUACAAUGUACGUGCGAGAAAGGAAGUGAUUCUUUCGGCUGGCUCGAUAAACUCGCCUCAGCUUCUGCUCCUGUCGGGCAUCGGGCCCAAGGAUCACUUGGAAUCUUUAAAGAUACAAACAUAUGUCGAUUUGCCGGGAGUCGGCGAGAAUCUCCACAAUCACCAGUCGUACGGCAUAGAUUUCAAUACCAAUCAAAAGAUAAUAGACGAGCUAAAUAUUGAUAAUGCCAAUGAAUAUCUAUACAAUCAAACUGGCCCGAUGUCAUCAACGGGCUUGGCUCAACUUACUGGAAUCCUGGCGUCUAAAUUCACCACUAACGAUGAUCCGGACAUUCAAAUCUUUUUCUCUGGCUAUCAAGCUACCUGUAACACGAGCGAUAGGAUUCCAGACUUGAUAACAUACAAUGAUAAAGAAACCAUUAGAUUUACCUCCGUGAAUUUACAGCCACGUAGUAGAGGUCGAAUCACACUUGCAUCGGACAAUCCUUUGGACCCUCCGAUCAUUUGAGGUAACGAUUUGGCAGAGCCGAUCGACAGAAAUAUUGUUUACGAGGGUAUUCAAAAGAUCUUAAAAUUGUCGAAGGCGGAAGCAUUGAAAAAAUAUGGUUUAAAUAUAAUAAAUGAAAAUGUUCCGGAAUGCGAGCAGUAUAAAAAAAAUGACCGUGAUCAUUGGGAUUGUCAAAUCCAAUAUAACACUCGGCCCGAAAAUCACCAAGCCGGUACUUGCAAAAUGGGACCCUCCUCGGAUCCCAUGGCGGUUGUUAGUCCAGAUCUCAAGGUUUAUGGUGUAGAUGGAUUGAGAGUAGCCGACAUGUCCAUUAUGCCGCAGGUGGUCACCGGUAAUCCUGUCGCUGUGGUCAAUAUGAUCGGCGAAAGAGUCGCUGAUUUUAUCAAGAAUGAUUACAAAGUGAUGAACAAUCGCGUGAUUAACAAACGAAAAUAAUUGGAUUUUAAAAAUGUCCAAUUUUUUUUUAUCUGCGAAAAGAAUUAUGAAUACAAUGGAUAUCUUUUCUCAUAUGAAUUAAUAGAUUCAAUAUAUAUUAAAUAUAUACAGAUAACAUAUUAAAUAAUAUAUAUAAGAUAUAUAUAAUAAAAAAAUAUA